AUGGACGUGGAUAAGAAUGAACAGCGUGGUGGAGAUGCCGAGGAGGAUGAGCACGUCCAACGAAUCAACAUCCUCCUUGAUACAAUCAGGCUCAACCUGAGCAAUAUCGAGCGCACCUGGGGUAAGGACAGUGUCCAGUACAGAUCGGCCAGCGAGGUCAUGCAGGAAUGUCUCGUAGAGAAUGUUGCGCGGUUGAAGAAGAGCGAUGUGCGGAUGAAGGACGUCGGUGUGGGUGGUGAUGGUGAUGGUGAUGGUGAUGGUGAUGUUGAGGCUGCGAUUGAGAAGCUCAUGGGGGAGUUGAGGAUCUCUUCGUCAGGAGGCAGGCACAGAAACUACAUGCGAACACCAGGCGAUGGAUCUGCUGCCACGACAUCCCAACAUGCGUACUAUCAUCGAGUGGCGGAUUUGCUACAGUAA